GUUUCUUGUUUUACCGAACGCCAUUACCAAAGACAUUGAUUAACAAAAUUAGAUUGGAAACACAAAGAAGGAUUUCUUAGCAGCUGAACUUUUUCUAAAUAAAUAAAACAAUGCCAAAUAUAAAGUUGCAGUCGUCUGAUGGUGAGACCUUCGAAAUCGAUGUUGAAAUUGCAAAAUGCUCUGUUACUAUCAAAACCAUGUUAGAAGACUUGGGAAUGGAUGAAGAAGAAGAGGAAGUCGUUCCUUUACCAAAUGUAAAUUCUGCUAUACUCAGGAAAGUCAUUCAAUGGGCGACUUACCACAAAGACGAUCCACCACCACCUGAAGAUGAUGAUAAUAAAGAAAAAAGAACAGAUGAUAUUUCCUCAUGGGAUGCAGACUUCUUGAAAGUGGACCAAGGAACCCUUUUCGAGUUGAUUUUGGCUGCUAACUAUCUGGAUAUCAAGGGACUCUUGGAUGUCACAUGUAAGACUGUUGCUAAUAUGAUUAAAGGUAAAGCUCCUGAAGAAAUCAGAAAGACUUUCAACAUCAAGAAUGACUUUACAGCAUCCGAAGAAGAACAAGUGCGAAAAGAGAAUGAAUGGUGUGAGGAAAAGUAAUUUAAGGGACUGUUCAGUAUUUACUGUGAAUAUUUUUGUGUUUAUUAUAAUUUAGAUUUACUUACUGCUUGAAAUUUUAUGUGAAAUAUGCUCGAUUUUCAACUUUGAGAUCUGCUGCAUUUCAUGUCAUUAAAAUAAAUAAGUGAUUUUGAU